AUGGCCUCCAAGGCAACCACGCAACCGGCGAAUCCUGCUCCACCGACCGACACAACGGUGCCAUCGGUGUCUUCCUCCACCCCGGCCGAUGCGAGUGCACAAGCUAUACUCAUAACGGAAUUGAAACAACGCUCUGGUAUGAACGAAGCGUUCUCACGCCAAUGUCUCGAAGAAUAUCAGUGGAAUUUUGAAGCUGCGUUCGGCGCUUUCGAAAUGUUACGCAAUGCUGGCAAACUACCCCCGGAAGCAUUUGUAUAA